GUGUGUGUGUGUGUGUGUGUGUGUGUUCGCGCGAUUGUAUACAUUAAUGGAUAUCACGUGGUGCCCGGCCCAAGUCCGGUCCGAGAAACGACAAGAGGAAUUAAAGCUCUCACAUUGGGAAACAGACAGAAGAUGGUGGCCGAUUGUGAAGACGUAUCACAGUGCAGAAUCGUCAGGAAGGGGUUGGAAUGGGCGCGUCCUUUCUUUUUUUUUCUUUUUUUUUACCUUAUGCAAUAUCAACUUUAAAACAUGUAUUAUCGUUUGAUCUCGUCUACGAAUGUGAUCUCUUUAAUCUAUCGACGGCCAACGCUACAUAGCAAAAGAGUGCUGGGGAAUUGGGGGAAAAUUGCUGAAUGCACAAGAUGUAUAUGUUUUUGUUUUGUUUAUUUCAGUUUAUUUGCAAUGCAAGGUGUCUAAUUCUACCUUCUUUUUUUUUCUUUCAUCAGUGAAAAAUACACAGCUGCCAUUUUUUAAAGGAGAGGGAGUCAGUAAGCACUUAGUUACUCAACGUAGACCUCAGUUUCUCUCGUACAGACCGUGACUUCCCCCCCCUGCUAUGCCAACGCCAAGUGUAGCGAAGCAUUUAUGAAUUGAAAUCGACCCAGAGCAUCUUAAGCCUUAACGGACAGCACUUUAAGAACCAGCUUUCUUCGUAUUAGGAGCAUAAUGUGACAUUUUCCAAGGCUGCAAAAAAAAAAAGACAAAACAAAUGAAUUGGGUUAUAUAACGUGCCAGAUGGUGAUUUCAUAAUCGACAAUCGGAUCGGUAUUCAGGAGUGCAGGCUUUCAAAGCGUUGGAAGUUUUCACGUUUGGUGUUUGAUGCUGAGAUCAUCUGUCACGGGUCAUCUAAAGACCUAGCUGUAUAGUUUGCCUGAUGUGAUGGUGUUUUCUGCUGCUGGUCUGGGUGCUAUGGCAGAGGGGCUACACGGCAUACAGGGGGGGUCGCCUGCAUUGUGAACCUGGCCCCUUUUUCUUACUUUUUUUUUUUGUUCAGUGCAAUUGAUCUGACCUCCAAGGAAGUCUUGUUAUGGUUAUUUUCCUGUUUUUUGUUUCCGUUUUUCAAACUUAUCUAAGUCUGCGUGAGUGAGUCAUAUUCAGCGGUAGCGCGGUUACCGUUUCAACAUUUCAUCACCAGGUGUGUUGUGAAUGAAUAAAUGAAAUAAUAUUUGUGCAACCAAUGUACUUGGUGCUUUGCUACUGAGCAAUUGGCAAGAGUUCAAGGGGGCAGGUAAUGCCCUUUUGAAACUUUUUCAUUACUCGUAGGAUCCUUUGUCAUGACAUUUGGAAAUAAUUUCAGUUAUAUAUUCAGUGUCUAUUUGUUUUCCUGUGUGUUACAUUUGAACUUGCUGUCCCCCCCCCCCCCCCCCCCCCCCCCCCAUCAUCCUUUUACCCUGGAACACGUCCCUUCCAUCCUCUCGAAAUUAAGGAAACUCAAAAUGUCUCGAAAGCAAUGUACUUUUUACAAUUGCGUUAUUUUCAAGCAACCAUUUCUAUUUGUGAAUGAAUGUAAUUCCAAAAAGACAAUGAUUGAAUACAUGGUUUUUAUCUCUUAAUUUUAAUGCUCCUUGUGUGUACGACUUGAGUCUUAUAUGAAUGACCAUACACAUUUCAAAUGCACCAUCAACACAAGCUGUAUGAUUGAACAGGAUUGGUCCACACAUACAGGGCUCAGAAAGUGAUAGUGAAUUAAUGAUUUUUAUUUAAGAUAUUUCUAUGGGAAGCCUCAAGUCAUAUCAGUUUGGAUGUUCACAUACUGCCUGGGACAUUUCGGGAGUAUGAGAUUCUUUCAAGUAGCCUUUACCAGAUAUAAUACUCUGAACUUGUAGUAGCUUGGAAUUUUAUCAGGACAGUAUUCUACUGUAAUCAUUUUACUGAAAAUCGUUUCAGAUUUUCAUGAAUAAAUGUUAACGGCUGAAAUGAUUGCAUAGGAUAUACAGUAGUUCGUGGGCCUACAGUCAUCCAUGAAGAAGACGUGGGGAAAAUGUGCCAUAUGUCAGGAAAAGUACCGAAAAACGAUAUUGCAUAACUGUGCGUGUGUGUGAGAGAGACAGACGCAGCAGAGCAGACCUCAGACACACGAGCCUCGCCGUCUUUUAGGUAUUUCCGGCAUUGAACACGUGCUACCGAUGAUCGACCACGCCUCCACUGCUCACUCACAUGUUGAUGCACACAUUCGCGAACAGUUGAGACUGAAAACUCGUGAGUGACUCACUGCACUUAAAAUACAAAUGCAAAAGCACGGCUUUCCAAUACAGGAAAAACAUCGAAGAUGGGUUUGAUUUCAAAUAUUGUCCAUCACAGGGCAUUGCUAGGAUUUUCAUCAGCCUACAUUCAACAUUGGAUCUAAACGAUUCAUUGUAUCACAGCAUCUUAGCCAAAUCCGACUCAUAAUGAUGUCAAGCUGACACGAAUCCUCACGAAUUGUUUUGACACUAUCAGCAUCCCGAGCGAUAACAUGCUCUCACGUGGACGGUACAGGGGUCCCGCCUGCACACGUGUCUUGGCACGGGAUUGGCCCUGACGUCGGUACGGUACCUACGUCAACGCUUCUCGGGGCGACACCACCGGGGACAAUAUUAUUUAGAUUAGGGGGCGUCGCCAUGCGUAAUCGACAUAAUGGAUGCUUUGGGAACAUCAGACUACGCGUUUUCUUCAAGGUACCCGUGUCCACAGCAGCACCAUGCAUCUACUGGAGGGUGCGCUGACGGCAAGUGUUGCUGCCCGAAUCAGCCCGUUUGACUAUUGACUCUUGACUCCUUGAUGAUCCGUCGGAUGAUAUCUAUAUUACAUUUUUAGAUUAUGUUGUCCUGAAACUUCACACACUAGUCUUUCGCCUCUUUGAGGCAAAGAAUCUAUGAUUGAUUUGUGAACAGCGCGUUGCUUUUCUUAGAUGCGAAGAUAAAGUAGACUUCACCUCGGUGUGGAAUGCCAAAGGAACAAGGGCAUUUUGGGGAGAGGGUCGGGCGGAGCACCUCGAAGAAUGCCAAGGACAGGAGCAACAGUGCCACGGUGCGGGCCGACCGCGGGCGCCGCACGCAGGCCGGCCCCGGAGCCCUGGGGGGGAUGGGGGACAUGGGGCAACAGCUGUCACUCUUCGACUCGGGGAAGGACUCGGAAAAAGACUCAGGAUACUCAGAGGCCGGCUCGGACUGGGUGGAUGACCAGUGCAGCAGCGUGAGCCAGACACACAGGAAGAACAGCCGACGUUCCGUUACCGCCGGCAACCACGGCAGUGCGGGCGUCGGCCGCUUCGAGGGGCACAAUCCUGUCAUUAAAAACUUGGUUAUGGAACCGUCCAGGCAGGAGCAGAUGCUGCAUCGACAGCUAGCGUCAUGGGCAGGAGGCUGGCAUAGCAUCUCAGGCCCCCAGGGGCCCUCCCUGCUCCUGGAAAUCCAACAGCCAGCCGUCACUGCCCCCUCCUCCUCCACCCUGACCACCUACCUUGCGCCGGUAGAAAACCUGAGCAAAGCCAACAAGAAAGGCUGCACCAGCCGAACCAGUGGCAAGAACCACCACAGCUCCACCAAGAACUCUUACCUCCCCAUUCCGCACCCCAGGAAGGAAGGCCAUGCGCAGGGGAAGUCAGCCGGAGCCCCAGCCGCCGGCCAGGAGGGCGGGGGAGGUGGGGUCGGUGGGGAGGAUCAGAGCCACUGCAAGAGGAUGUGCACGGAGGACGAGUUGAAGAAGGAGAGCGUUUCAACCACAACCAGACAUCUGUCCUCACACCACCACCGGCAUGGCCGCCACCGAGAUCUCCAUCCCUCGCAGCACAAGGUCCGACGCGGCUCCGAGCCCCCCGCCCACCCGCCCCCCGCCAACCGCACCAAGCCCAAUCGCUGCUCCGACCAUAGCUACGACGCCUUGGGAUCGCCGUCCGUCUCCAGCUCCCAGACGGCCUCCCUGCCCUCCUCACACUCCUCCUCUUCACACUCGCCUUCCUCCUCGUGCUCCUCCUCGUCGUCCUCCUACCCCACCUCCUACUCCUCGUCCUCAGUCAGCCACAGCCCCUUCCGCCCGAGGCAGGGGAGGGCCGGGUCUGCGGUGUUGGUGGCGGCGGCGGCGGUGGCGGUGGCUGCAGAUGCAGCAGGCCAGCUCUUAGACGCCCCGUCCGAGUGCUCUUCAGUGCGCCAGCGGCGGUUCCUCCACACGACGGAGAUCCUGAGCCAGUCGGGGCUGCUGGCCAUCACCCUGCGCACAAAGGAGCUGCAGAGGCAGAGCGACGCCACCGAGCGGGACAUCGCCCAGCUGCGCCUGCACACUCAGCUGCUGUGUCAGGCGGCACUGGCCGGCCAGCAGGUUGCCAACGAUGGCUCCAACGGCCUCCAGCAUCUACUACAGGCCAUGGCCCGAUCUGGCGCCUACCCGGGGCUAGUCUCAGGCGCCCAGGUCAAAGCCGGCGGCGGCCGCCGGAGACAGAGCGUGAGGAGAGGCGAGGCUGCUAAAGGCGAGAGCAAAGAGGCAGACGAGCGCAAAGAGGCAGACGAGAGCAAAGAGGCCGACGAGCAGGGAAGGCUGAAGGACGGUACGCUGCAUCAGGAACCCAUGUCCCCGCAAGGCGCUGACAAAGGGGUUUCUUCUCUGUCCCCCUUCUUCGGCCUGUCUCCGGAGGCAGAGAGGAUGGAGCAGGUGAACAGUCUAGCGGGCUCCCUGUCCAUGGAUAGGGAUGUGACCGAUCCGUCAAUGACUCCAGAGAGCUUCACCUUACACAACUAUCUAUUCUGACUCCCACAUCUGUACCAUACCAUACCCUGUGUGUGUAAACGCAAGCAAUCCAAAAAAUACGAUUUGGAUCUUGGGUUCUUGCUCCCAUUUAUCAGCUUGUGAGACAGAUUGGUGUUGGAGAGUAAAAGCCAUUGUGAUCUUUUUUUUUUUGUUAGAUUUUACAAGUGGUGAUAUAGAUUUGCAGGACUGAGGUUGUUUACAUUUUGCAUGAUAUGAGAAUUUUACAUUUAAAUGACAGGAUAACGGCAAUUAAAUCUACAAAUUCAUCGCAAACAUUUCAAAGAUUUAUAUACGUUUAUGGAAACCAAAUCAAAAACGACUCAAUCAUGUGUCAGUGGUCAAAACAUUUCUUGUGUUUGUUGUACAUUUCUGCUAUAUUAUGCUAUAUAUGUGGUUAUUGUGGUUCGUUGAAAAUAACCCUCAGCGAGGAAAAGUGGUUGAAUGUCUUGUUUUCUACACUGAACGUAGCCGAUUAAUGUUUGCCUCUUGAGAUUAACCAUAGUUCAGUCUAGUAUAGCCUGUUAAUAGGUAAUAUAUGAUACCGUCUGCACAUUAUCAGGGCAAUUGAGUUACUCUUCUUUUGUUUCAUAGAAACACCUACUACAUUUUAUUAGACUUUGCGUUGCAAUCGAGGAGAACUUCCCCGAAGUUGUUAUAAAAAGUCAUGAGGGGAUUUGGGUUUUUUCGAUACCUGUUAGUGUACAAUAUCGUCUGUGUAAGCACAUGGUCUGUAAAACACAAGGAGACAUUAGCUUUUAGAACAUUGAUUUUGGAUUAAGGUCAUAGUCUACGUUUGCAGUGCUAUUGGAUUUACAUUAUCUCUCCCCGUUCUCCAUAUAUUUCCACAAGACAAGGGUGCUGGGAUUGUCUUUCCUUCAAUAAAACUGUUUCUGUGGACACGUCUUGUGAUGAAUGUGUUUGACGAUUUUGAAAGCGUAUUCAGAGAUAUGCAAAUGAAAGCAUAUUUUGCUUUGGUCCCGAGUCCUGUAAAGUGUCCACUACUUCCAUCCCAUCCCGGUGAACAUACCUAACACUAACCCUGAUGUUAAAGAUGUUCCCUGUCUGACCUUAAAUUAAAAAAUAGCUCUGCUCUCAAUAUCAUGCAGUUUUAUUCCUAGUUUUGAGGCGUAGUUUUGGUAAACUGAUUCCAUUUGCACACAAAAGCAGAUAAAUAAAAACUCCAUUGAAAUGAUUAUAUAUAUAUUUUUUUAUUCUUUUUUUCAUUAAUGGCAUCUCUACAGCAAUAGUAAGCCUUUACUGGCUUUAAUCUUGGCUACUACCACAUAUACAGACAUACUACCAUAUUUUUUAAAGCAAUCAAACAUAAUUAUUUUCAAUUAAUAAAACUAUUUUAAUGACUUGCCAUUUUACUCAAGAUUGUCCAGUAGAAUUGUGACAAAUAAAAUAAAUUGAGUUGUAUGCAUUGUUUGUAUAUGUAUAUGAUGUAUAUGUAAAGCAAACAAUAAUAAUGAAAGUUUGAAUGUAAAAUAACAUUUUGAACAUUACUAGGUUAAUACUAAUGUAUGAAUGUGAUCAAAAAGUCCCCAAAAACACCACUCUUCGCUUCCUUUUUGAUAAUAGCUACAACAAUCAAUCAACAAGUCAGAUUAAAUUAACUGUCUCUAUUAUAUUAGUACACAAUCUUUAAAUAUAUACUAAAGAUAUGUAAUGCAUCAAUACAACAAUCUGUAUACAACAAAACAGAAU